CUCCUACCUCUCGCCCUUUUCACCUCCCCGUUUUCUCCCCCUUUCCGUUGCCCAAUGUUACUCAGUACUCACUCGAGUGAGAUCCAUAUAUAACCAGGCAACCACCGCUGCCGGUGUCUCUGCCUCUCUCUUCCCUUCUCUCUCUCUGGAACCAGGGUGGUUGUCAAAGCGGUGUUGGAGUUGGGAGUCCUUGCCAUUGGUACAAGAGCAAGAAGCAAGGACAAGGAAGGGAGAGAGGAGGAAGAAAGAGGGAAGAGAGUGAGGGGCACUAGAAAGGUGCUUGCUUUGUUUCCAGUUGCUUCUUCUCUCUCCUUGGGCGGGGGAGAGAGAAGCAGGAGAAGAGAUGGGCGAGAUGGUCGUGGCCGGGUAUGGCAUGGACAAGGCUCUGCGGGCCAGCGUCAGCUUCGACACGCCAUGCGGCGCGCUGCUGCGCGAGCUUGAGAAGCAAAGGGGGUUUACUUCUUCCUGCUGAUUAUAACUGUUCGAAGGACGCAUGGAUUUGGAUGACAUGAAGCAAAUAUGGACAGAGAUUGGGGAGCGUGAACAAGAUAAAGAUCGCAUGUUCCUUGAACUGGAAACAGAGUGCAUGCGUGUAUACCGUCGAAAGGUUGAUAGUGCCAAUGCUGAGAGAGCGCAGCUCCGCCAGUCAUUGAUGGCCAAAGAAGCAGAGCUUAAAGCUCUAGUUGCUUCUAUAGGGGAAAAUGGCCCACGAUUUACGGUGGAUGAAAAGCACACAUCGUUGAAAGAUCAACUUGCUGCAGUGACACCUCUCUUGGAAGAUCUUAGAGCAAAGAAACAAGACAGAAUCAAACAAAUCUCAAAUGUGCAAUCUCAAAUCGAGAAGAUAAAAGCACAAAUUUCUGAUCACAAUUAUCAGGACAGUGAUGGUUCCGUCAAACAACUUAAUGAUGAUCAUGACUUGUCAACCAGAAGAAUUUCUGAUCUUCAAAUGCAACUGCGUAAUCUACAGAAGGAGAAGUCUGAUCGUCUUCAAAAGGUUUUUAUAUAUGUGGAUGAAGUGCACUGCCUAUGUGCAGUGCUUGGGAUGGAUUUUGCAAAGACUGUAAAAGAGGUUCACCCAAGUUUGCAUGGAGCCAAUUCUGAAAAUUCAACAAAUAUUAGUGAUAAAACUCUUGAAGGUCUUACUCAGACUAUCCUGAAGCUCAAAGCAGAAAAGAAGACAAGAGUUUUAAAGUUGCAAGAGACUGUAGAAAAACUUCACAAGUUAUGGAAUCUGAUGGAGUCAACUGAACAAGAGAGGAUACACUUCUCUGAAGUAGCUGCUGUUCUUGGAUCUACUGAGGAAGAAAUCAAUUCUCCAGGCAUUCUGUCAUUGGAGACAAUUCAGGAGACUGAAGAGGAAGUUGAAAGGCUAACUAUACAAAAAGCUAGUAGAAUGAAGGAGCUUGUUCUCAAGAAAAGGUUAGAACUAGAAGUCAUCUGCAGAAAUGCACACAUGGAGCCUGAUAUGAGCACAGCACCAGAGAAGAUCAUUGCGCUGAUUGAUUCCGGUUUAGUGGAUCCUUGCGAACUCCUUUCCAGCGUUGAAGUACAGAUAACAAAAGCAAAUGAAGAGUCCUUAACAAGGAAAGAUAUCAUGGAGAGAGUGGAUAAAUGGCUAUCAGCUUGUGAUGAAGAGACUUGGCUUGAGGAAUAUAACCAAGAUGAUAAUAGGUAUAGUGCUGGCAGGGGUGCCCACUUGAAUCUCAAGCGUGCAGAAAAGGCAAGAAUAACUGUGCAAAAGAUUCCAACUAUGAUUGACAACUUGAUAGCCAAAACUUUUGCAUGGGAGGAUGAAAGAAAUGUGCCAUUUUUAUAUGAUGGAGUCCGUUUGGUUGCCAUUUUGGAAGAGCAAAAACUCAGAAGGGCACAAAGGGAGGAAGACAGGAGACGCUGCCGGGACCAGAAGAAGCUGCACAGUUUAUUGCUUAAGGAGAAGGAGUUGAUUUUCGGGUCCAAACCUAGUCCUAAAAAGACAAGCAGCUUCAAUAGGAGGACAAGCAACCACCAUCCAAAUGCAAAUGGCACUGGAUUCAUGACUCCGGUUCCACGCCGAGUUUCAGCUGGCAGUGCCACCCCAGAGCUUCUAACCCCACGCUCAUAUUCUGGCCGGUACAACAACUACUUCAAGGAGAACAGGCGUCUGACAACCGCACCGCUAAACUUCUCAGUUGGUUCCAAGGAGGAUAGCAUGUCAUCCUUCGCAUCCAUUAGUGGCUCGGAACCUGAUUCGCCAUUGUUUUUGCACUAAGUGUUGGUUAGGGAGGAGACUUUUGGGUGAGACGGAUGGAUAGCCUCAAGAUUGGACCAUUGUGUGGUAGCUGUUAACAUUGCUGAUGGGUAACAACAGGUUGUGACAAAUUUAGAUGAGAUUGCUUGUAGAUAUAAUAUCUAACAUUCAUGGUUCUGCUGUACUUCCAAAUUUAAGUCGUAAGUUUUGGUUAGGAAGCAUGCAAUGCCUAAGUGUGCAAUGUAUUUGUUUCGUGCUAAGUGUGUAUUCUUUCUUC